AUGAAACUUAAUCAAUUCUUAACAAAAUUAAUUCCCACAAAUUCAAUAUUAAUAAUCUCCCUGUUCCUCCUCGGUUCUUUAAUUUCACAAGCUGAAACGACGCCGUGUGAUCAUGCCCACCCGUUCUUCGACGUGGAAGACUGUUGUCUCAGCUGCAAGCCAACCACCGAAGCCAACAAGAACCGGAGCCUCCACGCCCUGACCUCCCCGACGGCCUCAUCUCACCGCAGCUGCGAGGUUUGGACGGAGGCCUGCUCGGAAGAGGUGCUGAGCUUCGCGAAGCGGCCGGAGAACGUGGAGUGGCUGAAGAUGAUCCGGCGGAGGAUCCACGAGCAUCCGGAGCUGGCGUUCGAGGAGUUCGAGACGAGCCGGUUGGUUCGGGAGGAGCUGGACCGGUUGGACAUCGGAUACCGGUUUCCUUUGGCCAAGACCGGAAUUCGGGCUUGGAUCGGAACCGGAGGUCCGCCUUUCGUCGCCGUCAGAGCUGACAUGGAUGCUCUUCCUAUUCAGGAAGCUGUGGAAUGGGAGCACAAGAGCAAAGUAGCCGGCAAAAUGCAUGCUUGUGGGCACGAUGCGCAUGUGACAAUGCUCAUUGGUGCUGCCAAGAUCUUGAAGAGCCGUGAGCAUCUUUUGAAGGGAACAGUAGUAUUGAUAUUUCAGCCAGCAGAGGAAGCUGGUAAUGGUGCAAAGCGAAUGAUUGGAGAUGGAGCUUUGGAGGACGUGGAGGCCAUAUUUGCAGCUCAUGUAUCCCAUGAGCACCCUACAGGCAUCAUUGGGUCACGGUCAGGUGCUUUGCUAGCUGGCUGUGGCUUCUUCAGAGCUGUUAUCAGUGGAAAGACCGGCCGCGCUGGAAACCCACACUCCUCCGUUGACCCUGUUUUAGCAGCCGCCGCGGCCGUCAUCAGCUUGCAGGGCAUUGUGUCCCGCGAAUCCAACCCUUUGGACUCGCAGGUUGUGUCUGUUACUGCAUUCAAUGGAGGUGAUGAUCUUGGCAUGAUACCCAACACUGUGGUACUUGGUGGCACUCUCAGGGCUUUCUCCAACACAAGCUUCUACCGACUUCUUCAAAGAAUUGAAGAGGUGAUUGUGGAGCAGGCAAGCGUUUACAGAUGCUCAGCAACAGUGGACUUCUUUAAAAACCAGAGCACCAUAUAUCCCCCGACCGUGAACGAUGACAAGAUGUAUGAGCACGUGAGGAAGGUGGCCAUGGGUUUGCUGGGUCCAACCAACUUCAGGGUGGUUCCACCCAUGAUGGGUGCUGAGGACUUCUCCUUCUACUCAGAGGUCAUCCCCGCUGGCUUCUUCUAUAUAGGGAUAAGGAAUGAGACAUUGGGGUCCACACACACAGGCCACUCACCCUAUUUUUUCAUUGAUGAAGACGUUUUGCCAAUUGGGGCAGCCACUCAUGCCACCAUAGCUGAAAGGUACCUCAAUGAGCAUGGGUGA